AUGGCCUCAACAUCGACAUCGGCAUCGACGUCAACAAUGACCGCCCCUUCAUCCACCAACACACAGCCAACACGCAAACGCCGACGCCUCUCACCCUCCCCUCCUGCCACCCUCUCAACCAUCUCCCUCCCUCACCCGCUCAACAUCAAACCAGCAGGAAACGCCCUCUUCACCUCUUCCCCCUCGAAUCGCUCCUCCACCCUCGGCUGUCUCCUUUCCCGCCUUCCCGACGACCUCAUAAUCGACAUAACCUCUCGCCUUACCCCACGAGACCUCGCGCGGCUAUCCUCCGUCUCGAGUGGGUGUAGAGCAUUUGCCAACCACGAGUCGCUUUGGCGCACCCUUUGUCUCGAUGGAGUGUGUCCGCAGGGUCAGAUUGAGGCAUGGUACGGUAGCUGGAAACAGACGACGGGCGCACAUCUGACUGGGAAGGCUGUCCCUCCUCUAGCUGCGGUGAGACCCGCUCAGCCCUUCUAUUCCGACGUCCUUUACCUGCCCCAUCGCCUCUCCUUUACUCUCAUCGGGCACGGCGAGAGGAAGGGGGAGAGACGCGCAGCCAAAGUUCAUCAGGUAGAGCGCAUCUCGGCCAAUACGACGACGCACGAUUUCCACACCCGCUACGCAGCGCUGCAUCGUCCCUGCAUCGUCGAGACGCCCACCGAUGGGAACAGCAGUAUCCCCGGGCUCGGCAUGACCAUUCAAGGAUUGAAGGAGCGCUAUGGUCAGACAUACAUUCGAGCAGAGGCGGUACGCGCUCGUGUUGAGACGUACGCGGAUUAUGCGGCUUGUUGUACGAGGCAGCAGGAAGAGAUUCGGCGCGCUAUGCGGGCUGAAGAUCAAGAUCAAGAAGAAGAGUACGAACACGCUGCUUCAACGUCCGCCGCGCACCCGCCGUGGUAUGACCCGCAAACUAUCCCAGACGAAUCCCCCUACUACCUCUUCGACUCAACCAUCCCCACCCAACUCCACACAGACGGACUAUGGACCGUACCACCGCAGCUAGCUUCAUGCCCCUCGUCGGCCUACCCUGCUGCGCCUACUCCCUCGCCAUCCUCGCCAUCCUCUUCCUCCUCCAGCGCCACCGCCGCAGCGCAGCGGAACGCGGACCUCUUCUCCCUCCUCUCGACGCGCCGCCCAGACUAUCGAUGGCUCAUCGCAGGCCCGGCACGCAGCGGCAGUGGAUGGCACAAGGACCCCAACUACACGAGUGCGUGGAACACUCCUCUUUCAGGAUCGAAGCGAUGGCUCCUUCUCCCUCCUCACGUCACCCCGCCGGGCGUCUAUGUCAGCGAGGACGGAGCAGAGGUGACCGCCCCGCUUUCCUUGGUCGAGUGGUUUGCCGACUUUUAUGACGAGACGCUGAGCCGGCAUGGGAGGGGUAAGGGGGGAGAUGGGCAGUUAUUGGAGGGGGUGUGCGAAGCAGGGGAGACGGUGUACGUCCCCUCAGGAUGGUGGCACCUCGUCGUUAACCUCGAGUCGGGUGUGGCCCUCACGCAGAACUUCCUGAGUCUCGCUGAGCUGCCGGACGUGUUGGAGUUCAUGAAGAACCGGCCGGAGCAGAUCAGUGGUUUCAAGACUGGCGUUGAGGGGGCCCAAGGGGAGGAUGAGGACGAUGAUGCGUUGAGUGAUGAGGGCAAAGCCAAGAUUUAUGGCGAAUUUGUAGCGGCGCUGAAGGGGUAUGACGGGGAGCUUGCCAGGUGGGCUUUGCAGGGGGCUGAGAGAUUGGAGCAGCAGAGGGGUCAAGUCAGGAAGGCCGAUGCAGCUGCCGCGAUAGGGGCAGGCGCGGGGACGGGGGCGGUCUUGCCGGGCAAGCAUGCGAAUGGAGGGGAUGCUGCAAAGCCUUCGUGGUGGCAGAGGCUCAAGUCAGGCGGUGAUGAGGGCCAAGCCAAAACGGAGGCGCACCUAACCACUGCUGGCGAGGGUUUCUCGCUUGGCGGACUCUUGGGCGAAGGAGACGGCGAAGAGUUGGAGGACGUGCCGUGGUGA